AAAUACAGUAAUUAAAGGUACUAUCGCUAUUCGCCAACUUCUACCAACCUUUACUUUCAUAGAAGUGGUUUUUGGUUUGCUAAAUAAUCAUUUUUCAAACCUCAAUUCAGUGUAUUAUUCUUAUUUUUUUGUCUAUUGUCUUGUUUUUUUUUCAAGGUUACAGAGAAUUCAUUUUCCUUGUGUUUCUUCGACUUGCUAUUAUAAAUUAUUCCACUCCGAUUAUAAGAGAAUAUAUACUGCUAUUUUUCUAACCUUUAUAUUGACCCUGCUUUUUGCUGAAUAUGUCACGCGUUAAGACAACCGUUGUAAGAAAGUCAGGCGGACAGGUUUGGGAAGAUCCUACGUUACUCGAAUGGGAUCCAAACCAUUUUCGCCUUUUCGUAGGAAAUUUAGGAAACGACGUUACAGAUGAUGUUUUGAGGAAUGCAUUCCUUGAAUACCCUUCACUAGUGAAAACAAAAGUUGUCCGCGAUCGAGAAGGCAAAACGCGUGGCUUUGGCUUCGUUUCUUUUCGGGAACCAGAUCAUUUUCUACGAGCUUGGAGAGAGAAGAAUGGAAAGUACAUUGGGAGUCGUCCCGUCAAAUUAAGUCGUGCAAACUCUGAUGUUACGCCAGCAGAUAUUAGUGACAAAACUUUAGAUUCAAAGGUUCGUAAUUCGCUGUAUUCCAGGACUAAAUACCAUGGGAAUCGGGUCAUCAAAAAGAAAAAAGAAAAACGUUCAUCAAAAUCAUCAAAUCAGGCAGCAGCAGCAGCAGAACUCAUGGCUUCUUCCGCAGCUCCAAUCACACAGACUGGUUCCUCUGCUACUAGCCUUCGUCAAAAUGCACAUCCCUCUUCAAGGAUGGAUCACUACUCCAAAUGAACCCAAUUCUAUACAUUCAUUUAUUCUCGGUUAGCUGCAUAAACAAUUUGCUUCUCGGGCAUGGUGAGAGCUUGGUAUACGGUGUCAUAUGUUUCCUUAGUAGUAACUUGCUCCAACAACUUCAAGGCCCAAAGAAGAGCGGUACCAGGGCCCAUGGAAGUAAUUAAAUUAUUUUCAACAACAACUGGUUGUGGGAUAUAGCGGAAACCAGCUUCUUCCAAGUCCUUACGAACGGAAGGAUGGCCAGUGAUUUCAGUAGCAGAUAGACCGGUCGUCUUGGCAGUCAAAGUACCGGCACAAAUCAUACCAAUGACCUUACCAGCCUUCUUCCAAUAGGAACUAACGACCUUCUUUACAAAUUCGUCAGUGGAAAGGGUAUUUGCACCCUUUACACCACCGGGAACGAUGACAACGUCGUAAUGAGAAGCGAAUUCUUCAACGCUCUUGAACUCCUUCAAAGAGCGCUUGGCAUAGAGUUGAACGCCACGAGACAUUGUGACGAGCUUCUCUGGGUUUUCACCUACAUAGACACUGUCAAUAGGAAUUUGAGCUCUGGUAAAAACACCCCAUGGAGCUGAAAAUUCAAUUUCGUCGUUUCCGUCAGCAACAAAAAGACAAACGUUCACCAUUUUUUAUUAUGUUUUACUUUAUUACUGUAAUUUCCGUUUUUAGAGUUAUAUGCUAUGUUCUGUUCUCAUCCUCAAGUCAUCUGCCUAAACGUCAAGAUGCUGUUACACUGUAUCUUGAAAAAGCUUCGACUAUUUUCGAUAUAUAUCAUUUUAACGAAUUAUUUUCGUACAUAGAAAUCGUAACUCUACAGGUAACAAAGUCUAUAGUUGGUGUUUGUUUCCAUGAUUUAUUUGCAGCUAUUGUUUGAGCUAAUGAUAGGAAAAAAAAGAGAAGAAAUGAAUUCUGCUGUAUCCUUUCAUUCAUUAGUGAGAUUCGGACAUUGGCCGAUUGCUGCGUAGAAUUCUUUUGUUUGGUGGAUGCCAGAUAAUUUGCUGAAAAUGUAUAGACUGUUUGAUCAAUAUAUGAGAAUUCUUUUUCAAUUAUUCAAGUAUUUGUGAGAAACAGGCAUUUUUAUCCUCUAAAAAACGUCGAUUCCCUUGAAUAACGAUGUCCCGUUUGUAUGAUGCUUAAUAAGAUUUUCUAAAGAAUAGUAUGAUCAAUGAAUUCAUGCACGAGUUGAUCACUUCACCC